GUUUCACCAUCUGAAACGACUGCACACGUGCCAGCCGUGCCAGCCAGCACGGCCAGCACCCAACGCGGCGACGGGGCAGCAACGGUUGCACAAGGUAGAAAUCCAGCGCUUUACAAGCGCUGCCGCAUGGCCGGUGUCCCAGACGGGUUUGUUGCCCUCUAUGACAAGGCAUCAACCCUGACAGACGUGCUGGGCUGUUUUCCGCUCACGGAAAUCCAGAGGCAGAGGUGUGACCAGCGUCAAGAAUUGACGAACAACUUUAUUCUUACUGCCAGACGAAGUGCCAUCGGUGAAGAUUCGACCGUUGGGGCUCUGGAACAAUACGUUGACUUUUGCAAGGCUGCGGAACGCCUUCUGGGAACGCAGAAAUCGGAUGUGUUUUGUCUCCAGUGGUACAGACACGGCUGUUUUGGAAACCUGCUUUUUCUGAGAGAAAAUUUCCGCGAACUGUACGCUUUAUUGGGACCGCAUCAUACCCUCUCUGUUCUUUGCCACUACGUGAUCUUCGAGCAAAUCGAGCCCGGCACAUACGUUCAAUGGACCGGAGAUCCAGCAACGGUUGUGGCUUUUGCUCGGUGGAAACAGCUUCGUGGGAAACCUUGCGCACCCCCGACCAAGAAGGCUCGUCCGGAAACCACCGCGGGAGGAUCUCAUCUUCCCACAGGGAUCUCACUGUCAAAUCUACAUGGCCUGAAGAGAAACGUCCGGAAAAGUGCCAAAGCGCGAAGCAAAUCAAACGAUAAUCAUUUGAAAAUUGGACUGUGGCCGAUGCUGUACGUCACCAAUCCUCGGAAGCUCCAAAGCAAGUUCCUUCUUGGUCAGCCUGGAAACCUGAAGAACGCUCGCAAACUUGCACUCAAGGUUCUCCCCCCGGAUCUGUGCAGCUCCGAAGUUGCUGGUGAGGCGUCUUUGAUACGAGCGCUCAGGCAGUUCCUGAAGAACCACAGGUCCUGUAGCUACCAUCGUCUCCUGGACGAACACUGUCCCCGGCAAGUUGAGAGCUACGAUUGCUCACAAAUAUCUAGCGUGACCGAAGCACACGAGUCGUCGACACCAAGCUGCGAUUCCUCACUGAAGACAGUAUCAGACUUGAGCGAAGCGCACGAGUCUUCGAAGUCCGUGACGGCGUUUUUGCACGCGGUCUUGCGGCGGUUGCUGCCAACGGAGCUUUUGGGCACGAGGUCAAACCUGAGGCACCUCAUCAGGAAUAUUGCAGCAGUCGCUUCUGCUCUCAAGGGGGAGGUCUUUGACGUGGUAGAGCUUGCUGUCGGCAUAAAGGUCAACCACGUGCCUUGGUUGGCUCGCGUAGCUGAUCCUGAUGUGCGCUCCAAAAUCUUGCAUCUCUUUGUGGCCUGGUGCGUGAGGCUGGCUUUGACGAUCGUUGCUUGCAACUUCUAUGUUACAGAUUCUAGAAAAAGCAAGCGGAUCGUAUUUUUUUACAAAAGAACCAUCUGGAAUGCAAUAUCGAGGAUUUGGAUCGACGAAGCCGAGAUGCUGAGCAAUGAGGUAAUCGACAGUCCCAGAGUCCAAGGAUUCGGGCGUCUGCUCCCGAAGGGCACUGGAGGCUUGCGGCUGCUCGUGACAGUCAAGGAAUCCAGGGAACGACAGAAUAAGAUCAGAACGCUUAAGGUGUUUCUGAACUCGCUCAUGGUGAAGACCGGUUUGGAUAUCUACGCCCAGUGGAAGAAGUUCGUACGAGACUGGAAGAACAUGGGCCGACCUCCAAUAUACUUUGUGAAAACGGACAUCGAAAACUUCUUUCACUCCAUCGACCACAAAGUGGCACUCGAGCUGUUGAAUCGCGCUUUCGAUAGGAACGAGAAGGAAAGACGAAUCGUUUCCUUCACGCUCAUCAAGGUUGACAGCCGUCACGGCUUCAUGAAGGGCUGGGUUCAGCGCUUUGCGAGCGACAUCGUGAACAUACAAGCCGUGCCACGAAAUUCAGCAGUACCUUCCAACGGCAAGAUAAGUCUUCUGGUGCCCAAACUCUGCCUCCUGCCGAGUGUGACGGCCCUUAAACAACUGCUCUGCGAUUACCUGGGACACUUCCAGGUUCACCUGAACGGAAAACAAUUUCUUGUAACGCGGGGCAUCGUCCAAGGAGGCAUGCUCUCCUGCCAGAUCGCAGACGUGUACCUCGCCGCCAUGCGUGACAAGCACUUGUCCUCUUUCGGCAGGGCACCGGGAGAGCUCCUGCUUCGCUCGAUGGACGACUUCCUCUUCGUCACUCCGAGCGAAACCGAGGCGGCCUCGUUCAUGGACAGCUUUGUGCAGGGCUUUCCGGACUUCAAGCUCCGAGUCAACUUCGCCAAGAUCGAAACUAACCUCAAGGUGGACAGGAUUCCUGUGGUUUUGCCGCAAAACAGCGUACACUUCUGCGGCUUCGUCUUCGACACUGCCACCCUAGAGGUCUCCGAAGAACACGAAGACGCCGUCCGUCCGCUGACCAGGCGCAGCAGAAGCUCCGAAGCUGGCCUUAUGCCGUACCUGGAGCACUGGCAGAUCCAGCUGCGGCCGCUGAUUCUGGACUCUACCAUCAACUCGAGGAAUCGCGUGCUUGCAACGUUGUUCGGCAAGGUGCUUGUCUUCGCCGACCGAUUCUUCUUCACCGUGGACGGGAUGCGGUACGUCAACGGACCGUACGUGGCGGAAGUUUUCUGCGGGGCUCUGGACUGCCUUUUGAUGAGGCUGUUCCGCUGUGCAACGACUAACGGAUUCGAGCUGUGUUUCUCUGUGGGCGAGUUGCGGCUAGUGUUUUGGGAGGUGGUCCUCCGGAAGGCGGGUGGAAGAAACAGGGCAGUUAGAGCGGCGUUGAGGACGACGCUCACCGAUGUCCGGAAGAAGGUUCCAGCAUCAAGUGCGGAGUUCUUGGUUGACUUUGUGGUACGUGAAUUUAGUUUACGUGAAAGCCGCCGUGUUGGAAGUAACGCGAAAGAGGCAACUGCAAGACUUGGCGGAAGCGUGUUAGCGUAAUACUCUAAGCGAGUAAUGAACUCGCACUUUGACAAAUGGCAAACGGGGUUUCAGCGUUCUAGUUUUUCGGUUGCGGGAUGUUUUUGGUUAGAUAAUAGAAGAAUGCACUUUUUGGAGUCAUUGCGUCGAAAUUUGUUUUUGACCCUUACGGACCGGUAUUUUCAUGUGCAAGUGUAGAAAGUGAUAUUCCGUGCCACUGUUUAUUUGUGCGUGUUUAUUAAAUGGCAUUAGAAUAGUGGCUGCGUGGAAUCAUCCUGAAAAAUAGUUUUUCGAGUACCUUUCACUUAAUACUUUCUUUUUACUCAUUACGAUAGUCUGCCACUAUAAACCGAUUAGGUAAUGUUUUCGGGUUAGAAAUGUUUCAGCCAACCUUUCACAGCUGUUAAUGUCAGGGUUGGUAGUAUUAUUAAUAGUUAGGCCACGUGUCAGGGCGGUUGAGCUGAUUAAAAUAAAAUAAAUGUGAACACGAAACUAAUAAGGUGCACGUGCCUUGCCGAGGCGCGGUAUGCACGUGCGCCGUUCUUCCGUCCCACGAGGCAGGCGAGGCCGUAGCUUCGCGCCUCUGCCACACGGGGGCAGGAGCGAUUGGAAACAAACGAA